AUGGCUAGAACCAAAACCACCUCAAAACUUUCUGAAGAACAUUCUCAACCACCACCAUCCAACACCGCUGCUGAUCAAUCCUCUGAUCAACCCUUGAAUGAAACUCCCUUACGCACCGUUCUUAAGGACAAAAUCAUCCCUGCAACCAAAACUCAAAAAUCCUCAAAACCUGGAUCUUCUAAAUUCAUUAGACCUAGAACCAAUCCUACCAGACGAUCAACAAGGAUGAAGAAACCUUUGAAGAAACCAAAGGUAUCCCACGUGAAUCUAGUCUCUGACGAAGAGAAGAAAGAUUCAGGUGUUGAUGAAGAUUCUGAGGAAGUAACAGAGGAAGACCCAGAGGAAGAUGAAGAAGAAGACUCUGAGCAAACUCUCUCUGAAAUGAUAAAAUCAGUGAGAGCAUCUUCAAAGAAAGGAAAGAAUGUUGCUACUCCCUCUCCUUCCAAAGAAAGCUCAUCUUCUCAGGAAGAAAGUGAUGAAAAUGGUGAAUCUGAAGAAAGCUCUCCAAAUGAAGAAAAGAAAGUUUCUUCAAAGAAAAGUGGUAAUGGAAAGGAGAUGGCCAAAGCUGCAGAAAAGAUUUAUCAAAGGAGAAAGAAGAUUGAAAGUGAAGCUUUCUCUAUGUCUGAGGAGGAAGAUGAACCUGAAGUGGAAAAAGGUUCAUCAAAGAAGCAUGGAAAAGGUAAGGACAUUGCUGCCUUAAAAACAUCUAGGGCUGAGAAAAUUGCUCUCAGACCUAUGAGCAGAACCAAGUAUUUCAACCUUGAAAGUCUGGAAACCAAGGCAUGGAAUAUGAAGGAGUUCACUGAACCUCAAGGAUGGACCAACUUCAUAACUCUUCAAGAACACACCUAUGAAGACUUGGUCAGAGAGUUCUACACCAACCUAUCAGUUCAGGAAAAGAAGAAUGGAAAUGAGAAGUUUCUCAUCUCAUCAGUCAAAGGUGUAAAGAUCAAGAUGACUCAGGAAUUUGUCUCUGAAGCAUUUAAGAUUCCUAAUGAAGCCAUAAAACAAACAUCUGCUGGACUACCCUAUGGAAUGCAUCUCACUUCCAUUUUCCAAAAGGCAAAAGUGCCUCUUGAAGGAGAGAAACGUAAGCUGGAUUUUAUGACCUUUUCUUCCAAGACCUUAGGUCAACUCCACAUUACUUCAUCCAACAUGCCAGUCUCCAAAACUUCUGGACCCUCUGGAUCUGGUAAAAGAAUUUCUGAUCAGAAUGUUCAGAUAGCUGUGAAGAAAAGAAGGGUUGAAGAGAUUACAGAUACCAAAACUCCCUCUCCACCAGCAGAAAAUCUGUUUUAUGAAGUCUCCAAGCUUGCAAAGGAGAUUGUUAAACAAGGAAGCUCACAGUUUAAAGCCUUGAUUGGAGAAUCUAUGACUAAAGAGGAUGCUCAAAAGAUUGAUGAUGCAUCUCCUCAAGAAGAAGCUGAGAAAGUUAAUCAAGCUGAGGAAAGUGAAGAAAUCCCUCAAGAUGCUGUUCCCAAUUCGGUUGAUCAAGAUCAAAGAGUUGAAGAAAAAUAUUGA